UCGUGAUAAAUAUCUAAAAAAUGUUGAUAUUCGUUUAUCAAAGUGUAAACGUUCUAAGGCCAAGUACUUGAGCAAUAUUCAGUUCCAAAAACGUGUUUGCCUGUAUUCACGAUUGAAAUAUAAAUAUAAUAUCUCUUUUCAGGCAAAUGUAUGUGAGUAUUCAAAGAAAAAAUACCUGCAAAACCUGGCCUUCAAAGCAAGUGUGCGUGAGUAUUCAAAGAAAAAAUACCUGCAAAACCUGGCCUUCAAAGCAAGUGUGCGUGAGUAUUCAAAGAAAAAAUACCUGCAAAACCUGGCCUUUAAAGAAAGGGUACGUAAUUAUUCUAAGAAUAGAAACACUCAGAAUCCAGCCUUUAAAGUUAAAAUGGCUAGGUAUUCCAUGGUGAAAUACCAAAAAGAUGAGAAUUUUCGUACGAAUAAAAUACAAAAAGGUUGUGAAAUGUAUGCAAGAAAGAAAGAACAACAAGACAUUGAUGUUGCUAUUGAUCAUUUUAGACAAGAAAUUAGUAGUGGUCCAGAGUUUGUGUGCUGUGUCUGUCACCGUUUACUUUUCAGAAAGCAGGUUGUUGAAUGUAGAAGACACUGCUAUGAAGACAAAGGUGUAAAAGUUGCUGCUUUGGGGAGAAGAUGCAUCACAACCAGGUAUGUUCAUGUCUGUGAUCAAAAGUGUGAAGGAUCUUCUGCUCAUUCCUCAGGGUGCAAAUUAUGGAUUUGUCUAACGUGCCAUCGAAAAAUCCUUUGUGGACAACUGCCCGAAGGGAGCGUUGCAAACAACAUGCAUUUGGUGGAUGUUCCAAAUCAACUGAAAUGCCUCAACUCCUUGGAACAACAUCUCAUUGCACGUAACAUUCCAUUUAUGAAAUUACUGUGCCUUCCUCGUGGUAAACAACAUGGAUGCCACGGCCCUGUAGUGUGCGUCCCAGUUAAUGCCACAGAUGUGUCCAAUAUCCUUCCACGAAAUGAAUGUGACGACAAGAUGAUAAGGAUCAAACUGAAACGCAAGUUAACCUACAAAGGGCAUUAUGAGUACAAGUAUGUACACACUGAUCGUGUUCGAAAUGCUCUGAAAUAUUUAAUCCAGUUCAAUAAGUGGUUCAGUGACGUGGAGAUUAAUCAGCAGUGGAUCAACUCUUUGAACGAACCAGAAGAAAAUGUUGUAGUUGAAAUGGAGCCACAAGACGUAGUUGAAAAGCUUGAUGAUGAAAAUGACCUUGAUGAACAGCAAGAGGAAGACCUUACCUACAUCAAAGAGCAAAGUGGUCUUUUGUCAGAUACGUCAUUGCAACCUGUGGACAUCGGUUCAGAAGUAAUUGAUCAGCAUUUCCAGGAUGUAUUAAAUCUGGCACCUGCUGAAGGUAACAGUCCUGUUAGUUUGUUAUCUGAUAGGUCUAAUGAAGCAAAAUGUUUCCCUGUUCUGUAUCCAACUGGUGGUCCGACAUUUCAUGAUAAGAGGGAGGUAAAAAUAACACUGUCAAGAUACUUGAAUGCAAGAAUCCUCAAUGCAGAUGGACGUUUUGCACGAAGCACUGACUUCAUUUUCUAUGCACAGUAUCUGUCUGAGAUUGAUCAAGUUGUAUCCAAUGUUUCAAUCGCUUUGCGCAAAGGAUCUGAGAAGAGUUUGUUGACUGAAGUGACAUCAGAUGUGCUAACAAACCCAGACUCGUUAUCUAAAAUCUUGAAUUUUGAUGAAGGAUACAAGUUUUUGAGACCCAUCCGUGGAACGCCUCCAUAUUGGCAGUCUACUCAAAAGGACCUUUUUGCACUUGUAAGACAGCUAGGUAUUCCAACUUUCUUUGCAUCCUUUAGUUCUGCAGAUCUCAGAUGGCCAGAAAUGAUUAGUACUAUAAUCAAACUAGAAGGGAAAAAUGUGAAAGCAGAUGAACUUGACUGGUCUGAAAAAUGUGGAUUGAUUAGACGAAACCCAGUGACUGCUGCAAGAAUGUUUGAUCAUAGAUGGCAUUGUUUUUUGAGAGAUGUAAUCAUGUCUUCAGCUCAACCGAUCGGCAAGAUAGUAGAUUACUUUUAUCGUGUAGAGUUUCAACAGCGUGGAUCUCCUCAUGUUCACUGUCUGUUUUGGGUUGAAAAUGCCCCAACGUUAAAUGAAGACAAUGAAGAAAACGAUGGUUUGGUUGCUAGUUUCAUUGAUCGGUACAUCACUUGUGAGACCCCAAGCGAGGAUGAAACUGAUCUGUUUGAGAUUGUCAACGGUGUUCAGAAGCACAGUGUCAAACAUUCAAAGACAUGUCGUAAGAAAAAGACAGUUUGCAGAUUUAAUUUUCCACGACCCCCAUCAAGCCGUACCUUUAUUACAAGAGGUGGUAGUCGAGACGAUUUGAAAAGCGGUGAUGGAAAAGAUACUGCACGUACAGUUUUAGAAAAAGUGAAAAAGGCUUUAACCGCUUCUGAUAUGGAUUAUGACUCUACUGAUGCAUUUUUUGAGUCCAUUGGUAUUAACCAAGCUCUCUUUGAGAAAGUGUAUGCGCAGUGUUCCAAAAAGAAAUCCGUUGUCCUUAAAAGAAGUCCAAAAGACGUCUGGGUGAACCAGUAUAAUAAACAUUUACUGUGUGCCUGGCAAGGCAACAUGGAUAUCCAGUACGUCACUGAUGCUUACUCCGUAGUGGUUUACAUUAUCAGUUACAUCACAAAAGCAGAACAAGAAAUGGGAUUGUUGCUGCAACGUGCGCAAAACGAAGCCAUGAAUGGAAACCUUGAAGCGAGAUCAUCACUGAAGAUGCUUGGUAGUGUAUAUCUUCACAACAGAGAAGUUUCUGCUCAAGAGGCUGUGUAUCGUCUGACCGGUAUGCACUUGAAGGAAUGUUCUCGUAAAGUCCAGUUUAUUCCAAUUGGAUUGAAUCCUGUAAAGAUGAGUUUGCCUCUUCGUGUCAUCAAAAACAAAGUUGAUCAGUCUGGUGAAGAAGCUAGCUUUUGGAUGACUAGUCUGGUUGACCGAUACAAGAAUAGGCCAAACACGGAAGAGUUUGAGACCCAAUGUCUUGCAAGUUUUUGCUCUGAAAACAGGAUCUUGUCAAAAUCGGAGGUUUCUUCACAAAAAAAGUCUUCUGAAGACAAGGUGAUCAAGCUUAACAACGACUGUGGUUAUAUGAUGAAGAGAACUCGAACUGACCCUGCUGUUGUUCGAUAUCCGAGAUUUUCUCCCAAAAAAGAUCCAGAAAAGUACUUUCAUUCAUUGUUGCAACUUUUCUUGCCGCAUUAUGAAGAUUGUCAGCUCAAGCCUGAGAGUUUUAGCACUUAUGAGGAAUUCUACAACAGUGGUGCUGUGAAAUGUGGGAGAAAUGUGACUCAAGUCAAAUGUAUUGUUGAUGCUAAUCGAGCACUCUUUGAAAAGGAAAGUGACAAAGUUGAUCGAGCUCAACAGCUUUUGGAGCAAGGUGUUGAUUUGGAAGAUGCUUGGGCUGCGUUAUGUCCUGAAACUGAAAAGGAACGUCACGAAUGUUUAGAACUAAGGAAGAGUAAUACCAUUCCUGAUGAAGAUGAUUCUGAGUGUUCUAUUCCAGAUCUUGUAACGAACCCUCGAACUCCAUACAGUAUUGAAACCAAUCAGGCUGGAAUGUCUAGAGAAGAGGCAUUAUGUUUACUGCGAUCAUUAAAUGCACAACAAUGUGCAAUCUUUUACAAAGUACGGAAAUGGUGUUUUGAGAAACUUCUUGGUGAAAACCCUGAACCAUUUCACUUGUUUGUCACUGGUGGAGCAGGCACAGGCAAGAGUCAUUUAAUCAAAGCGAUCUACUAUGAAUCCUCCAGACUUUUAUCUCAGCUGUCCGAAAACCCUGAUGAUAGAAGUGUGAUUUUAACUGCGUCAACCGGAGUGGCCAGUUUUCAAAUUGGUGCUUCUACAAUCCAUAAUACCUUUUCCAUAGGUGCCAAUGUCAAACUGCCAUAUCAGCCCCUAAGUGAUGACAAAAUCAAUUCACUGCGUGCAAAACUGGGAGGUUUGCAGAUUCUGAUCAUUGAUGAGGUGUCUAUGGUUGACCAUCACCUUUUGUCUUAUGUUCAUGGUAGAUUGAGACAAAUUAAGCAAACUGGUGACUACUCCAUUUUUGGAAGAGUCAGUUUGGUCUGUGUUGGUGAUUUUUAUCAGCUACCACCAGUCAAGGGAAUUCCCCUGUACGUUGAUCCAAAAGGAGUGAAUCUUUGGGAUACCAACUUUGAAAUUGCUGAACUAACACAAGUUGUCAGGCAACAAGAUGCAUCUUUUGCUGAAAUGUUAAAUCGUCUGAGAGUUCAUAAAAAGAACGAAACUCUAAGCCCAAAUGACAUCAACAUGUUGAAGCAACGUGAAACUGGUGAAGAAUGCGAUGCUAUUCAUAUAUUCCCUACAAAUGCUCAGGUUGAUGAGUACAAUAUACAGAAACUUAAUGAGCGUUGUCCUGAGGCAAUCACUAUUCACGCUAGAGACUUUGCUAGAAAUCCAGAAACUGGAAGAAUAGAAAGGAAAGUUGGAUUUCAUGCAAAAGUUUUCAACUCCUGUUUGGACAAAUGUGUUUCCUUGGGUGUUGGUGCCAGAGUAAUGCUUAGGAAAAAUGUUGAUGUUUCUGAUGGACUUGUCAAUGGAGCCUGUGGCACAGUUGUCCACAUAAGCAGAAAACAAAGACGUGAUUAUGAUGAAGAUGAUGACUUCCCAUCAGCUAUCCAUGUUGAAUUUGAUGAUCCAAAUGUUGGUAAAGUUCAGAGAUCGAAGCUGCGACAGAAAUAUUCUCCAAAUUCAACUGUUAUUGAAGUGGAAGAAGAUCAAGUCUCAAACGAUGGUGGUUUAAGACGUCAGUUUCCACUUAAAUUGGCAUGGGCAUGCACCGUUCAUAAAGUGCAAGGACUCACAGUAGAUCAAGCGGUCGUCUCACUUGACAAGGUAUUUUCUCCGGGACAAGCAUAUGUUGCACUGAGUCGUGUGAGAACCCUCGAUGGACUAAUAAUUAAUAACUUCAAAGACUCUGUCAUAUAUUGUAAUGAGAAAAUUGACUCCGCUAUGAAAAACAUGCCCCGACUUACUUUAGAAAAUUACAGUUUUGUAAAGACACCUGGCGUGUUUACAAUUGCUCUUCAUAAUGUACAAAGUCUUCGAGCUCAUGUUCAAGAUCUUCAAGUUCACAGACAGAUAAUGAAUGCAGAUUGCAUCGGUUUAACUGAAACGUGGCUAAAAGUUGAAGACCAAGUACAGAUUCCAGGAUUUGUUUUUAAGAGCAAUCCAAGAGCUAAAUGUUAUGACAACAGUACUCCACUUUUCACUGAUUUAAAACAACAAAGAGGAGGUGGAGUUGGACUAUUCUGUUGUGAAAGCAUUCAUUUUAAUGUCAGGGUUCCAGAACCUUGUAACUUGGAAUGUCUAUACUUUGCAGUUCCACAUCUAAGUUUGAAUGCUGCUUUGCUGUACAGACCUAAUUCAUAUCCACUUAAUCUGUUUCGACAAAAUAUGUUGCAUGUUAUUGAUGAGCUGGAGAAACAGUCAGGAAAGAAAGUGAUUAUGGGAGACUUCAAUGAGGACAUCUUGACAUCAUCUACAAUUGGUACACUAAUGGAACUACAUGGAUACAGUCAACAUGUGCAACACCCUACCACUGAAAAAGCUUCCAACUGGCAUACAACUGCAGGGCAAGUGUACAACUGGAGACGGUAUGUUCUAAGUCUAUCUAUAUCUAAAUGAAUAACUCUUAUAACAAUCCAUCAGUUGAAUAUGUACAGCUGUUCCAUGUUAUGAUUGAAGUAUUAUCUGAAGGUAAUCCAUUUUAUCAAUGCAACACUGAAAUGAGAAUUGUAUCACUGUAUUGUCUGUUCUGUUUUUGUGUCCAUACGAUAUGAGCGCUAUCCUGAGAUUCCAACAUGAUCAGAGUCCAGUUAAUCCAGCCUGUAAUUCAAACAAGUGAUCAUCAUUUUCAACCCAACAUCUCCCAUAAUUGCUCUUCUUUCUUGAGCUAGUAAGCUUCACCCAGCCAAGUCAUUCUAAGCCAUCCAAAUCAUAAUGGAUGCUUCCAAACAUUAUAGGAAGCAUCCACAAAGACUGCCUGCAUCCAUCCAUUUGUCUCCUAAUAUCACAAUUAAGUCAAUAGAACAACACAAAAUUGGUUUGUGCAUCAAGUCUCACUAACUACGGUCAAAGAUUUCUGCAAUACGUUAAACUUCAAACUUCCGCCUUAUCCAUUAUGAGUCUCCGCUCCAUGAACCGUUUUUAUGAAGAGGCACACAACCAAUCAAAAGGUUUGUGCAUGAAAACCCAAUAUCUACGGUCCACUACUUCAAAAAAUUUCUGCAAUGUUACACUUCAAACUUCCGCCUUAUCCAUUAUGAGUCUCCGCUCCAUGAACUGUUUUUAUGAAGAGGCACACAACCAAUCAAAAGGUUUGUGCAAUACGUUAAACUUCAAACUUCCACCUUAUCCAUUAUGAUUCUCCGCUCCACGAACUUUUUAUGAAGAGGCACACAACCAAUCAAAAGGUUUGUGCAUGAAAACCCAAUAUCUACGGUCCACUACUUCAAAAAAUUUCUGCAGUGUUACACUUCAAACUUCCGCCUUAUCUAUUAUGAUUCUCCGCUCCAUGAACUGUUUUUAUGAAGAGGCACACAACCAAUCAAAAGGUUUGUGCAAUACGUUACACUUCAAACUUCCGCCUUAUCCAUUAUGAUUAUCCGCUCCAUGAACCGUUUUUAUGAAGAGGCACACAACCAAUCAAAAGGUUUGUGCAAUACGUUACACUUCAAACUUCCGCCUUAUCCAUUAUGAUUCUCCGCUCUAUGAACCGUUUUUAUGAAGAGGCACACAACCAAUCAAAAGGUUUGUGCAUGAAAACCCAAUUUCUACUGUCCACUACUCCAAAAAGAUUUCUGCAAUGUUACACUUCAAACUUCCGCCUUAUCUAUUAUGAUUCUCCGCUCCAUGAACUGUUUUUAUGAAGAGGCACACAACCAAUCAAAAGGUUUGUGCAAUACGUUACACUUCAAACUUCCGCCUUAUCCAUUAUGAUUAUCCCCUCCGUGAACCGUUUUUAUGAAGAGGCACACAACCAAUCAAAAGGUUUGUGCAAUACGUUACACUUCAAACUUCCGCCUUAUCCAUUAUGAUUAUCCCCUCCGUGAACCGUUUUUAUGAAGAGGCACACAACCAAUCAAAAGGUUUGUGCAAUACGUUACACUUCAAACUUCCGCCUUAUCCAUUAUGAUUCUCCGCUCUAUGAACCGUUUUUAUGAAGAGGCACACAACCAAUCAAAAGGUUUGUGCAUGAAAACCCAAUUUCUACUGUCCACUACUCCAAAAAGAUUUCUGCAAUGUUACACUUCAAACUUCCGCCUUAUCCAUUAUGAUUCUCCGCUCCAUGAACUGUUUUUAUGAAGAGGCACACAACCAAUCAAAAGGUUUGUGCAAUACGUUACACUUCAAAAUUCCUCCUUAUCCAUUCUGAAUCUCCGCUCCAAGAAACCGUUUUUAUGAAGCUGCACAAAACCGAUAAAAGUUUUGUGCAAAACAAGUAAAUAACUACUGUCCACUACUCCCAAAAGAUUUCUGCAAUGUGCUACAUAUGUGAAACUUCCCCCUUAACCAUUCUGAUUCUCCGCUCCAAGAAACUGUUUUUAUGAAGUGGCACACAACCAAUAAAAGGGUUUGUGCAAUAAGUUACACUUCAAAAUUCCUCCUUAUCCAUUCUGAUUCUCCGCUCCAAGAAACUGUUUUUAUGAAGUGGCACACAACCAAUAAAAAGUGAAUACAAAAUUGUUCAAGUAUCUUCAGAAAAUGUCCCAGCAAAACUCUAAACUCUAAACCGAUGCAGGCAGUCAAUAGUCAAAGAUAUCACAGAUGCAUAACCACAAAAGUAACACAAUUCUAUAUGAAAUGUUGGAUGGAUGGCUUGUAUUAUAUUUGGCCUAUGUACAGCAAAUUUAGAUGCCAGCCAAACGAGGAUGGUUUGCCCCUGCUGAGUCUGGUUCCUCCCAAGGUUUCUCCCUAUACCUUUUAGCUUAUAAUGCUCCACUUCAUCAAUUUGGGGAGUUUUUCCUUGCCACUGUCGCCUUCUGGCUUGCUCACUGGGGUUUUAAGGCACAUUCUUUUCAAUGUAAACUCUGUAAAGUGUUUUGUAAAGAAUUGAAUAAAUGCAUCAUGAUUUAGAAUGUA